GGCUCCCCACUGCCAGCGCCACAGUGAGUAAGACCAGGAAGACACUGGGCGGUCCACCGGCUCCACUGGUUGUUACUUUAAAACUCAUUCUGAUACAGGUGGCAUCAUCGCUGAUAUCCAGAAAGGAAGAUUUCUAUCGCAGUGCUUGCAGGCGAUCAAGGGGUGGAGGAGAAGGAAGUCUGACGCUCCUGAAGAGGAUUAAGCCCGCAAGAUGGACUGGGGGACCCUGCACACAUUCAUCGGGGGAGUGAACAAACACUCCACCAGCAUCGGGAAAGUGUGGAUCACAGUCAUUUUUAUUUUCCGCGUCAUGAUCCUUGUGGUGGCUGCCCAGGAAGUGUGGGGCGAUGAACAAGAAGACUUUGUCUGCAAUACUCUGCAACCAGGAUGCAAAAAUGUAUGCUAUGACCACUUUUUCCCAGUGUCCCACAUCCGACUGUGGGCUCUGCAGCUCAUCUUUGUCUCCACCCCGGCGCUGCUGGUGGCCAUGCAUGUGGCCUACUACAGGCAUGAAACUGCCCGAAAGUUCAGGCGAGGAGAGAAGAGGAAUGAGUUCAAAGACGAAGAGGACAUUAAAAAGCAGAAGGUUCGGAUAGAGGGGUCGCUGUGGUGGACGUACACUAGCAGCAUCUUCUUCCGAAUCCUCUUCGAAGCCUCCUUUAUGUACGUGUUCUACUUCCUUUACAAUGGGUACCACCUGCCCUGGGUGCUGAAAUGUGACAUUGACCCCUGCCCCAAUGUUGUCGACUGUUUUAUUUCUAGACCCACCGAGAAAACCGUGUUUACCAUUUUCAUGAUUUCUGCAUCUGUGAUCUGCAUGCUGCUUAAUGUGGCUGAGUUGUGCUACCUGCUGCUCAGAAUUUGUUUCAGGAGAUCAAAAAGAGCACAGGCACAAAGAAAUCACCCCAACCAUGCCCUCAAAGAGAGUAAGCAAAAUGAAAUGAAUGAGCUGAUUUCAGAUAGCGGUCACAAUGCCAUCACAGGUUUUCCAAGUUAAACAUUUCAAGGUAGGAUAUAGAUGAGUCAUAACAAAACAUUUGUCUUCCCCGGAAGGCAUGCCCACCUGAAAAUCCCCUCUCUAGAUUGAAGAGUUUGUCUUGACAAAUUACUCUUAAGAUAAGUAGACAUUCGAGAUAACUUUUGCAAAACACUUGCACCGUUCAUCUGCAAUGUAAUCAGAUAUAAGGUUCAGCUCUAAAAACAGAAGCCUGGUUGACAACUGAACCUUGAAGUCACUUUAACAUAUUUGUUUCAUGUGGACUGUCUGACACAGUGGGUAUUUCCUGGCAAUUUCUGUCACUGUUGUUGAUAAAGAACAUUUAUCUAGAAAUUGAUACUUUUAUUAGUAAAAGAUAUUUUUAUAGGAUUGAAUGUUUUAGUUCUGACUUUGAAUUUAUACAAAAUAUUUUUUAUAAUGACUGAUAUUCCUUACCUGGAAAAACAGACAAUGUUAGUUUUAGAAUUGAUAAGACAAGUAUCUAAAUUUUGAACUUACAAAGGGUCUGUCUUGUAAAUAUUGUUUUGUAUUAUCUAUUGGCAAAUUUAUGAACUGUCAUGAUACUCUUAAGGUGGAAAGUGUUCAUUGUACAACAUAUUUUUACUGCUUUCUGAAUGUAGAUGAAGCCAUAUGGAAGUGGGAAGCUUUUUAAAGCUAGUUUAUUUGCCAAUCAUUGUGAACUACUGAAAUUUGAAUGUGAUCACCUCAAUAAAGCUCAU